CAGCUCAAGAAGUUCCUUACGAUUCAUCACUUACAAAAUCCAUACUAAGCAAAAAUCUUCCAUCUGAACGUGAUGAUCAAACAAUCCUUUUCUUUAACCAAAGUCACUGCAUUUUCUUUAAGCCAAUCAAAGCACACCCUUUUCACAUUCCACUACAAAUUCUCCAAAACCAAUAUGCAUGCCUCUUUCAGUGCCAGAGCCACACCCACUGUUAAACAUGUUCCAGAGCUAAGCCCUGAAGAAAUGGACAGAGUACGUGAACAGACAUUUCAAAAAUACACUAGUGUUAGUGGUUUGGGUGAGAGGAAAGGUAAAGGGGUUGCAAUUGUUUGGUUCAGGAAUGACUUGAGAGUGUUGGAUAAUGAGGCUCUUUUUAGAGCUUGGGUUUCAUCUGAAGCAAUAUUGCCUGUUUAUUGUGUUGAUCCUACACUUUUUGGGACUACCCAUUAUUUUGGAUUGCCCAAAACUGGAGCUUUAAGGGCACAAUUCAUCAUAGAAUGCUUAACCGAUUUGAAAAGGAAUCUAGUGAAGAGGGGACUUGACCUGUUAAUUCAACACGGUAAACCAGAAGAGAUUAUCCCUUCCCUUGCAAAAGCAUUUAAAGCGCACACAGUGUAUGCCCACAAGGAAACCUGCAGCGAGGAAGUAAAAGUUGAAAAAUUGGUCACAAGAAAAUUGCAAGAGUUUGUGCCACCGUCAUCUGGUGGAGUAGGCAAUGAGCCAAGAUCUUUAAAUGCUACUAAACUGGAAUUAUUAUGGGGUAGUACUAUGUAUCAUAUAGAUGAUCUUCCAUUUGGCUGUGAGAGUUUACCAGAUGUGUACACUCAGUUCCGUAAGUCAGUGGAAUCCGAAUCAAGAAUCCGUAAUUGCAUUAGACUCCCAGCAUCACUUGGUCCACCACCAGAGGUUGGAGAUUGGGGAUGUGUCCCACAAGUUACUGAGCUCGGGCUUCAGUCGGAAAAGGUUUCUAAAGGAAUGAAGUUUAUUGGCGGUGAAAGUGCUGCACUGGGUAGAGUACAUGAUUACUUUUGGAAGAAGGUGAGAGACCUUUCUUUAAUCUGCGAUUACUGCACUGCCAAUGCUACGGGGAUAUUUCAAAUUUUAUAUCCGGUUUCUUGUCUUUUCAUUUCUUUUAGUGUAGGGUAUCAGGUAGUGUUUUGUUCAUUUUUUUACCCCUCUUUUUCUAUUUCUUUGGUGCAACGAUAGAGUUGUUUGAUAUUG